CUCCAGUAUCAAUGUUUUCAGGGUGUAUGUGUGGUUUUCUGCAAGCGCACAUGCCUUUCUCACUGUUGAAAGAGUAAUCCCUGGGAUGUCUGGCUUCAUGUAUACUAAUCGGUGAAGGUGAACGGGGAAAAAAUGUUCUGCUGAUUUUUAACAGUGGUUUCACGCAGUGGUAGUUGCCUUGAAUGAUUCGCACAAGCCGCUGUGGCCGAACUGUCCUCAGAUCCGACCUCUUGAAUGAAGGUCACUUUCCAGACAAGGGCUCCUUCCUUCCUUUUUUAUUUUCUCUUCCUGAGCUAAAGGCUGGUUUAAUAGAAACCAGAUGCGCUGCAGAGCAUGAGGCUUUCGUAAAAGGGAGAGGGCUCAGCUGCUGUCAGACGAGGGGAGGAUAAACAGGCGGCCGCGCCUCUGGCCCUCUGCGGGCUUGUCACUAUGUCGCCUGUCAUGUCGGAGUCAGGAUGUAGCAUAUGCUAGCUGGUAGGAGGUUGUGUCUGAGGAAUGGGCCAUCCGUCCUUGAGGAACUGAACCGGGAGAUUUGGAGACCGGGCGGUGAGAAUGCAGCAAAAGACACAGCUGGAGCGAGUGGGCGCCACAUCUCCAAAUUUGUCUGUCACGGACGGAGGACGGACGGACAAACAGACAGACGGAGGGAUGGACGUCAAUACAUAACCUCCUUGGCAGAAGUUUUAGUUGAACAGGCCCUAUGACCAACAUGAGCUGGAGUUUUCUCACCCGUCUUCUGGAAGAAAUCCACAACCACUCCACGUUUGUGGGGAAAGUGUGGCUGACUGUCCUGAUCAUCUUCCGCAUUGUCCUGACAGCGGUUGGUGGGGAGUCCAUCUACUCGGACGAGCAGACCAAGUUCACCUGCAACACCAAGCAGCCCGGCUGCGACAACGUGUGCUAUGACGCCUUCGCUCCCCUUUCACAUGUCCGCUUCUGGGUCUUCCAGAUCAUCAUGAUCUCCACCCCCUCCAUCAUGUACCUGGGCUACGCCAUCCACAAGAUCGCCCGAUCCUCGGAAGAGGAGCGCCGCAGGUAUCGCAGUUCCCGCAAGAAGCCCCACGCCAUCAAGUGGAGGGCCACCCGCACCCUGGAGGAGGUCCUGGAGGAAGAGGAAGAGGAGGAGCCCAUGAUCUACGAGGACACCCUGGAGGUGCAGGAGAUCAAGCCGGAGCCGGCCAAGCCCCCUGGGCGGGACCAGCAGAAACACGACGGCCGGCGGAGGAUCAUGGAGGAGGGCCUGAUGCGCAUCUAUGUGCUGCAGCUCCUGGCCCGCGCCGUCUUUGAGGUGGGCUUCCUGGCAGGCCAGUACCUCCUGUACGGGUUCCAUGUCUACCCGUCCUACAUCUGCAACAAGAGUCCCUGCCCUCACAGCGUGGACUGCUUCAUCUCCCGGCCCACGGAGAAGACCAUCUUCCUCCUCAUCAUGUACGUGGUGAGCUGCCUCUGCCUACUGCUGAACGUCUGCGAGAUGUUCCACCUGGGCAUCGGGGCCUUCCGGGACAUGCUCCGCAGGCGCCGGGGCAAAGGGCAGCGGCCCUCGUACAGCUACCCCUACCACCGGAACAUCCCCACCUCCCCUCCAGGGUACAACCUGGUGGUGAAGUCGGACAAGCCCGGCCCGAUCCCCAACAGCCUCAUAACUCACGAGCAGAACCUGGCCAACGUGGCCCAGGAGCAGCAGUGCACCAGCCCCGAUGAGAACAUCCCCUCAGACCUGGCCAGCCUGCACCACCACCUGCGUGUGGCGCAGGAGCAGCUGGACAUGGCCUUCCAGACAUACAACAAUAAGAGCAACCCGCAGCCCUCCCGAACAAGCAGCCCCGCCUCGGGGGGCACCAUGGCUGAACAGAACCGGGUCAACACAGCCCAGGAAAAGCAAGGGGCCAGGCCGAAAUCAAGUGCCGAGAAACCUGGGACCAUAAUAAAAAAUGGCAAGACGUCCGUUUGGAUUUAGGGGCCAGUGUUGCUUGGUUUUCAGGUGACAAGCCGCUUUCGGAGAGGUUUUAUAAAGGAAGUGUUCUGUGAGUUGUUUAAGGUGAGUCAUGAUGGGCGGUGCUGGGACAUGGAUUUGUCACAGUGCCUGGAAAGGUGGGUUGGAAAUCAUAGGCUUUGCUGAAAGUUUUCCAAAGGAAUGUGCUAGAUCAAGGCUGAAACGGAGAAAGGGUUUUGGCUCAAGAGCAAGCCUCGUGAAAGGAAGCAAAAGAUGAAGAUGCAACCAGGCCUUCCUGCAUCCUUUAAAAUACGAUCCUUGACUUCAUAAUUAAUCAUUAUAUUAUUAAAUAAUAUAUUAAUUAAAAUUAUAUAAUUAUGUAAUUAUUAUAUUUGUUAUAAUAAUUAUAAUUUAUGUACACAUUUUCACACAUGAUAUUUUGCUUUCUUUCCUAAUUAAAAUUGAUAAAAAGAGCACGGGUUGGGGUGGGGGCUUUAUCAUGAUUCCAAGGGCCCUGACUGAUAGGGUCCCUAAAAGGUUGCGCAGGGAUGGGAUCGUCUGGGGUGGUGGGGCCCAAUGUGAGAUCUUUUCAUGGGGCCCAAAAUCCCUUGCAGUACCCCUGAACAAGAGAACCCAUAGGUAAUACAAUUUUUUUAAUGAUACAUUUAAAAGUUGUUUGUGUUUUUCAAAAACUGAGGGGUGAGAAGAAAUGGUAGAUGUGCUGUUUAUAUUUAUCAGGUUAAGAAAAUGUGAAAAUAUUUGCACAAAAAUGUCUAAUUUGUUAUCUCUCAUGCGUGCCAUUACCCAUAUUUUUAAAUGUCUUAUUUAUUUGUAGAAACUCAAGAGUGAAUACAAUGAAAGCCCUGGGCAUACUAUUAACACAUCAAAAUAACACGUUUGGGUCACAAAAAUAAUGACCCAAAGUGUAUAAUAUACCCCAAAGAUGUAAAUGUUAGCACAAACAUGGGCAACUGCAUUUCAGAAGAUCUGAGCUUUCUAUUAUAAUGUUGGUCUUGUCAAAUUCACUAUUAUGAACUCAUUGUUCUAUGCAUUUUCCAGCCAGCAGUUCAAUUUACCAUUUAUUUCUGACUCGGCAGGAAGUUACAUAAAAUUUUUAAGCAGUAAUUUCCUUAGACAAGUUAAUAACGUGUUUAUUAUUUAAUCGCAAGGAAAAGUCCUGUUUGGAUUCACUGAUUUUAGUGAUGGAUUUAUAGUGAUACUUCAAUGUGCACUGAAGAUGUAUUCGUUUUCAAUGUAGAUCAGAAAAGUUUAAUUUGUCAUCUAGGACUAUUCACUGAUUAGUCGACCAUUGAUAUUUAUUGAAAUGGUGAUGUUUGCAUUCAUAAUACUUGAUGAAACUUAUUUGCUUCCGAGGAUUGGUGUUGUCAUUUAGAUUGGAUGGCUGGAAUGAACAUAUACCAAACAUUUUCCCACACUAAAUGCCAAAAUAUGUCUUAGCGAAUAAGUUUUAUAAUAAGUUUUAUAAACACACAUUUUGUCGCACUUUACAGUUACAGUUUGCUAUGAGUGGUAAUAUUGGAGUAAAUGUGUGUAAAAAUUGCAGUAUUAUAGUGCAGUUAAUUGAACCUUGAAAAAGAGCAAAGUAACAUAUUAGACUGAAAGUAAGUUGCAGAAACAUAGAAUACAGUGUUUUCAUUUUUAAAUGCUCAAACAUGUGCAUGGUAUGCGCAAAUAUUUAUCACUAAACUCAUCCAGUUUUAUAAUUAGCAUACUUUUAACAGCAUUACAGCAUCAGAGUUACUUUUCAUGGCUGAAAUACAUUUGGACACGCAAUAAAUGUAAAAUAAGUACUUUUUUCCCAGUGGACAAGUGAUAUAGGUAGAUUUGCCAGUUACAUCAUGGAACAGCAAUGUGCCUUAAUCUGUUGACCUCACACUCAAUUGCUUUGUUCCAUCAAAUAUAAAACGAUCCAGUUAUGGCUUGUAUAGUUCAAGGUCACAUGCAGAUAUUGUAUGAAUAGGAGAAAUGUUCAUGUGGAGUCUUAAAUGGGCAUGCACCUUAAACUGAUGACAAUAGAUUUUUUAGACUGAAACAUUGAGUAUAUAUUUAAAUGUUUUGCUGUUCAUUGUUUUUGUCAUGUGUACAGUAUUUUCCAGUCGAAGAUGUGUAUCUUUAGGCUACAUUACAAAAAUAAAAAUAACUCUUUAACAUAACAUGUUGAAAUAUGCAUAUUUGACCACAUAUUUAUAACUGAUAUAUCCAAAGAAAAUUACUUGAAGUUAUUUAUUGUUAGUUAUUCUUUUAAAACCCCUGCAAAAUCAUUCCUUAUUAUAAAUUGUUUCAUAUGGGCUAUGCCUUUCAAUCUGAGUUCAAGCAUUCAGGUGUGUUUUGCAGUGGAAUGUUUAAGUGGGUGUUUUAAUCUAAUCCAGAGGACAGCGUGAAUAUGAACAAUUUAAGUGUGAGAUAUCUUUCUCUGGACAAGGGCUUCAUUGUCAAAUUAAAUUUGACACAAACAUGACAUUACAUUAAAUAACAAUGAGAAUAAUGUCAACAGCAUUUUGUCUUGAUAUAUAAAUAUAUCAGCACGUUUUGCAAAAUUAUUUGAAAAGGCUGCUUGGAAUGACUGUUAUAAAUGUUCACUUCAUUCCUUUUGAUUUCCAUCACAUUUAAAAGAUCAUUGCUCUUAAUGGUCAGAGUGUUGUUCAGAAUUAAUUUCAUACAAUUUCAUGGCCAGUUGGAGGUUUAUAAAUGGAGUGGUUUCAACAGUUUUAUAAUCAAAUCUGCACAUAUUGUACAAACAUUUCACAAAUGAGACUCUAGGUUUUCACAACCCUAAACAACCGACAGCCUGUUCUACUGAGAACCUGUGCUAUAAGACAGAUGAAAAUAGUAACCUCAGCAUAAACAUCAUUUCAUUUCUUAUUUUGCCUUUCCCAUUUAUCAAUCUGCAUUUGUGAAUUCUGAGUUUGUGCUAGUGAUAGGCCUUUUGAAUCCUCAAAAUAGGGCUCAAUGUGUCAUAGAAGGAUCUAGUUUAAAGUCAAUUGAUUCUGUCAGGGAACCAAAAAGCACAAUUUUUAAAACAGGUCCUUAUCACAAUGUCCUUAUAUAUCAAAAUUGAAUCCCCAGUCAUACUCUAUUUCUAAUUGUGUCUCAUCACUGCACUGGCUUCGGAAUUGAAUACCAGUAUGUUAGGCAUGUCACUAUUCUGAAGACCAGAACUGAAGCAGGAUUGGCCGCUUGAUAACCCCACAAAAAGUAACAAGUUUGUUUUCAGUUUUAAGUACACGGUACAUUACCCUAACAGAUUCUUCUGCUGCUGUAUUAGUUAUUGGUGUGCUGGAUGACACAUUUGCACAUGGAGGGAAAAAAUGGCAAAAAAACAACAACUUUAAACUGCAUGGUGCUUCCAAAUAAGUUACACCUAGUCCUGUGUAACAUAUCUUGGUUUUCAAUGUACACUCUUAUGAAUUUUACUUUUGUGAACAUAUGAAUUGCAUACCCACAGUAUCCACAAUACAACACUCCUUAUGCAAAUUAAUUCCAUAGCUACUAUGCAAUACAUUUCUUGCUCAUAUAACAAAAUUAUAUUGCUGUUAUGUUAUAAUUAAUUUGAAUUGUCUGAUGACCAGAAUAUAAGGCCUGGAUGUAUAUAUAGGCAACCGUUUAAAUAUAUGUGCUAACAAUGGCAUAGAUACAGUAGCUAUAGAUACUCUGCUUUAACAUACAAAAAAGAGGAUUUGAUAACCACGAGGUAUUCUAGUGAUCUUUUGUCUACUCCAGAUUAUGCAACAUUAUUUUCAAGUGAUGCGGUGAAAAAGUCAAUUGCCUCAGCAUAAUUUUCAAAGAACCAAGUGCCUUAGCCAUUAAGAACAGAGGAACAGUGUUGGUUCAAAUAAAUAAUUAUAUUGCUUAAAAUUAUGCAUUUACAUCUGUUUCAGUAUAAAUUUAUUAUAUACUAUGUACAAACCAUUUUAUUUUGUACUUGCACACAUAGUUGAAUAUUUGAGUCAGAUUUAGAGUGCACUGUUAGAUGAGAUAAGACUGUUUCAUAAUGUACAUUAAUAACUUAGGACAAACAAAAAUAUAUACUGUAUAUAAUGAACAUUGAACCACCUAUAAACAUGAAAUUCCAGAUUACAAUCCUUUUUUCUUAUGUUUCUUAUGCUACUUUUUUGUUUGAAAAAAUAUGACUCACACAUCUUAAUCUGUUACUUAUUCUGCCUACCCCCCCCCCCCCCCCUCCACCCCC